AUGGUUGGCUGGAAGUACCGAGGUACCUUCCCCAGUAUGUGGUCAGACCCGUGCGGCAGUGAGCUCGAUCGUUCAGAACUGAGGGAAAAAGAUGCAGAUACAAAACAAAUCAGUAAGAAUUAUGCAGAUUCUUCUCGAGGAGCCAAGGAAUCAAAUAUUGAAAUUGGUGACACGGUGUUGCUUGCGCAAAACAAAAGAAGCAAGACUGAUCCUACCUUUUCAUCAGAAAGAUUCACAGUAAUAGCCAGGGAAGGAGCCAAAAUCGUAAUCAUGAGCAAAACAGGAAUACAGUAUGCUCGCAACAUCAGAGAAGUUAAAAGAGCGCCUGAAUCCAUCACAUCUGACAAUCAUCCUGAGCAGGAAAAAUUCGAGGAAAUGGUUUCCACGCCAGAUUCCGAGAUUCAAGCAUCAGGUUCGGCUAAGACGUCCAGGGAUCUUCGAAAGCGAGAGGUGAUCAAGCGACCAAAACGGUUUGAUGAUCAAUUUGUGUAUCGCGUAUUCUUCUAA